AUGUCCGAGGACGACGUCGACAUGCUCGGCCCCGACGGGCAGGGAUCAUCCAAAGUUGACCGUGACCGCCGUGCGCCGAGGUUCAGUUGGACGCCCGCAUACGAGACGACGUUUUUUCGCAGCCUUUGCGAAAGCGUUCAGUUGGGCUUGCGCGAGAAUAGUAGCUUCAAGGCGGAAGCAUGGGACCGCGCUGCUCAAGCGCUGCAGGACAGCCACGGCGCGUAUCCUGCCAAGAGCCACCUGAUCAACAAAAGCGACAAUGCGCGGAAACGGUUUCGACUAUGGCGAGGCCUUCGCGAAGAUCCCGAGUUUGCGUAUAACCCCGUCUCCAAGACGGUGACGGCUACUGAGGAUGCCUGGAGAGCGCACAUAGAGAGAGAACCGCUGUCAAGGGCUCUGAGGGGUCGGCCGUUUGAUCAUGAAGAGUAUAUGGAGAUACUGUACCCCGAUGUCAUCGGGUCUGGUGGUGCGCCAAAGAGGAUUAUGAAACCUCGUCGUAGGACUGAUGGACAACCGGGCGACGAGUCAGAUAUGCCGGGGACAGGCGUUUUGAAUCUUCAACCAGAGUCUGCAUCUGGACAACAAAAUACUCUUGGAAGCCCUGGUCCAGCUCGCUCAUCUUUAAGCCAGACGCCAACUGGCUCAGCCACAGGAUCAGGUACUCAGCUUAAGCCAAGCUCUGCCACGAUCCCUCCACGAACUGCCCCAACGCAGCCUUCCGCCCUUACUCCUCCGGAUGAGUCGGCGAACCAGGCAAAGAAACGGGCAAUGCCCGCUCCUCAGACUGAAGGCGCGUUUGGUGCAACUCCGCCGCCUUCUGCCGCCAAGUCGAGCAAUGCCGUGGCAGACGUCCCGUCGCCCGAGAAGAAACGACGAACCUCUGUACACGGUGACGCUGUGCCUGUUGUCACGUCGACUUCGAGCAACUCCCUCCACCAUACAUCGUUGUCCGACUCGCCUACUGCUGUGCAGCUCCCACCGCCAGUGACCCUGGCAACUCCUCAGACAACGGCUGCAGACUCCCAGCCAAACGGAUCGUCAACAUGUUUAAGCAGCUCGCGAUGGUGCGAAUUAGCUCUGGAGCAGUUCUUCAAAGAUUUUGCAGACGAGGACAUGGACCUUCAAAUACGAGUAGCGGAAACGGUUCUGGUUAAUGAAAGCAGAGCACUGGUGUAUUGCAAAAUGCCCUGUCCCGAUUCACGAGAGGGCUUUGGCGACAAAGCCCGUUUUCUGGAUGCCGAAUGA